AUGAGCAAUUCUCCACAAAAUGAGGCAGAAGCUCGCGAAAAGAUGCGCGAGCUGAUGUCACGUCCACCAUCGAGUCGACCAGCAGAUUUCGUGAACCCUCUCGAGAAGAUCGAACAGUUGCUGACGUGUCCGAUUUGUCUCGAUCGCUACAAACAACCAAAAUUACUUCCUUGUCAACACACCUUUUGUUAUCCAUGUCUGGAAUCAUGUGCAGACACUUUGCACCGGAAUCUAAAAUGUCCAGAAUGCCGAGCAGAGCACAAUAUUCCAUAUGACGGAGUAAAGGCUUUUCAGCCAAAUUACACACUGACGGGAUUUCUUGAGAUUCACCUGCAAGCGACUCCAGAAUCCGCUGCAGAAAUCGAAGAAUAUAUUCAUCGGUACAAUCUGGAACGAUGUAAAAUUUGCGAUGAGAAAGCGGACUGUGAGCCGUGUGCCCAUUGUGAUCGAAAAGCGUGUAAAGAAUGUAGACAGACUCAUAUGGACAUGUUGAAAAGAGAUAUGUCAAGACUUUUGAAUCAGGUGAAGCGGUUGGCAAAUCGAAUCACAGAAGCGUCGGAUAAUCUGUCAAAGGGGAUGGAUAUGAUGACUUUGAAUUGUGAAACAACGAAAGCAGAAGUCAAAGAAUAUUUUCAUAGGUAUCAACGAGAGCUGAAAAAGAAAGAAGACAACUUCUUAAUGGAAAUCGACACUUUCCAAGCCACGGAAUCUCGAACCAUGAGCAAUCUUCGUGAUGUUCUAGAAAUCGAAAGCUCCAAUAUGAGUGAAGCGGUUUCUAGACUUGAUGCCGCUAUAAAGGGAGAAUGUGCAAUUGAGGAUGCUGACUUGGUCCGAAUGAAAAACACAUUCACAGAAGGCCUGGAGUAUCUCAGGAACUUCCAACCCGACGCUGACGAACUUUUCAAUAGAAAACUAAGAUUCUCAGCUGGAGACGACGCUGCAAAACUUCCAGCAGCUAUCGCCACAUCUGGGGAGCUUUGUGUUCUAGUUCCACAGUUCUCUGGAAGAUACCUACCCCUCGAACAAUCUUACCUCCCUCGACCAUUCCGUUUACCAUUGGAAAGUGAUAGUUAUCGUGUGAAAGCCGACGAGAGAGCUAGUAUGCGGGAACGGGAAAACGAUCGAACCUCAUCUAGACACAGUCAUCGAAAUCUUCCCGAACCAGACGAGAGCUCGAUCCGUUACCGACGCCGUCAGCAACUAGAAGAGGAAGCUUGGAAUCGACUUCGUAACUCCUCAGCUACCCCAUCUCUCCUAUCAACUUCAACGAUCGUUGACUCCAAUUCAUCCUCUCGAACAUCGCCGUGGGCAGCUGAUCGUGUCUCCCGAUCAGUUGAACCAACAUCCAAGUCACGGCCAACAAGUCUGAUUGUACCGAAUACGGAGACACCGAGAACUGUGUCCCCUUCCAGUAAACCACCUCUUCCACCAUCCGCCACGUCAUCUAUAGAUCGAAACGAGGAUGCUUCACCAGCUCCACUCCCACAAAUGCCCAUUAGGAAGCCACCACUUCCACGUCAGCAAUCCAGUAACGAUGAUUCUCUAAAUGAGAAAGUGGAGACUAUUCGAAGAGCUCACCAACAAAGACAAGCUGCUUCAAGAGCAGUAUCAAGUGAAGAAUCCGAGGGGGAGGAUUUUCCCGUGAGCACCAACCGCGGUAGAAUACGAAUAGUGUGUCGUGCGGCGUCCGUAAAUCGAGAAGACGGACUGAUGACGAUGAUUCCUGGAACUGGAACUAUUCUGAAUACCACACUUCCCCAAUCGAUUCACAAUGCACCCCCAGCUAACAGCACCAACCCAACCACUACAGUACCCGGAGAGCAAGUCGCCAUCCCCGUCACACAUUUCACAGGUGAGGAAGACGAAAGCGAUAUCGUCGUGCCAGCGUGGCUGCAGCGUCGGAGGCAGCGCUUCCAACGCUCGCGCACCAAUCCCGACCUGCAGGCGCAGUUCACAAGUGCUCGUGUGCAGCAGCUACUCGCCGAACGACAAUCUCGUUUAGACUCUUCCACCACAACCGACGAAGAGAAAGAGAAAUUGGCAGUGCUGCGACAACGAGGCAGAAGUGCGUCGAGAGAAGCGGGCGAGUGGCGAGCACGCGGUCGACCACGGGCCGUAUUCGGCCGAAAAGGUGCAAAAGAUGGGGAGUUGAAUUGGCCAAGAGGCAUAUGUGCUAUGGCUGGGGGUCUUGUCGCAACUUGUGAUUCGUCUAAUCAUCGUGUUUGCGUGUUCGAUAAAGAAGGAAAGUUUGUUCGUCAGUUCGGUGGAUACGGAUCCGGUAGUGGACAGCUGGAUUCGGCGGCCGGUCUGGCCAGUUCGAAACUUCGUAUUGUUGUUUCCGAUAGAUACAAUCAUCGGAUUUCUGUGUUUGGUUUAGAAGGUGAUCAUUUGUUUUCGUUUGGAGGACAUGGACAAGGAAAUGCCAAAUUCAAUAAUCCAUGGGGAGUGGCUGUGGAUGAUUUGGGAAGUAUCUAUGUGGCUGAUAAGGACAACCAUCGAGUCCAAGUUUUCGAUAAAAAUGGUCAGUUCAUUGCCAAGUUCGGAACAUUCGGACACCUCCCUGGUCAACUGAACAGCCCUCUUUUUAUUGCUGUCAGCAAAGUUACCCACCAUGUGUAUGUAUCCGACUCGUCAAACCAUCGAAUCAGCGUAUUCGAUCCACAAGGUAUUCAUCUGUUCUCUUUUGGCGAAGAAGGUUUUCAUGGUGGACAAUUCAAAUUCCCGCGUGGAAUUGCUAUUGAUUCGCAGGAAAACAUAAUAAUCGCCGAUUCGGGGAACAACCGAAUCCAAAUCUUCGACGCGCAGGGUCAAUUCGUCUCCUCGUUCGGAACCUGGGGUGGAGGAGCUGGACAGCUGAAAGGCGUCGAAGACGUUUGUGUAACUAUCGACGGUUCGAUUGUGGUCACUGAUCGGGAGAAUCAUCGCAUUCAGAUCUUUUAA